GGUGAUGUGAGUGAUGAUGAAUUAUUCAAUUUCAGUCCACAGUCAAAUUUAGCCGGCGCCAUUUCUCUACAAAUCUCCCGUUAUUACUACGAGUUUAUCGCCUUUCAAAUCUCUGGUUUUCACUUAUUUUUCUCCGCACUUAUAAAUAAAUUCUCCGCAUUUUCCCAUCCCUCUCUUUUUCCUCUAUUUUCAGAGUUUCUCUUUUCUGGGUCUCUCUUUUCUGGAAUCUCUAAUCAGAUUUCAGGUUUGUUUUCUCAAUCUGGCUUCUCAAUUUCCAAUAAUGGGGGGCUGUUUAUAUUGCAUCUAUCAAACCAUUGGAUAAGUAAAGGUGUGACCUUUUUCAAUUUCUGGAUUUUUUCUGGCCAAUGUUGUUGGAGAUUCAAUAAAUUCUAAUCUUAAUCCAAACAAAAAAGGAUUUUUUGGUUGUGUUCUGAAAUCUGCUAUCAAUUUUCUUUAAAGGGUUUCUUUCGUUUCCUGAUUUAAUCUGAGUUGACCAAAAUGGCAGACAACCCAAAACCAGAAACAACACCAUUGAUUAGAACGAAAUCAGCAAGAAUACUUCCAGAUUUCAAACAAUCAAUCAAACUGAAAUAUGUAAAGCUUGGUUAUCAUUAUCUUAUCACCCAUGGAAUGUAUUUGUGUUUAUCUCCUCUUGUAGUACUCAUUGCAGCUCAAAUCUCUACAUUCUCAUUAAAAGACCUUCAUGAUUUAUGGGAUCAUCUUCGAUUCAAUCUUAUAUCUGUCAUUGUCUGUUCAACCCUUCUGGUUUUCUUAUCCACCCUUUACUUCCUUACAAGACCAAGGCCUGUUUAUCUUGUUGACUUCUCUUGUUACAAGCCUGAGGAUGAGAGGAAGUGCACUAGACAGAUCUUUAUGGAGAGAUCAGGGUUAACCGGUUCGUUUACCGAGCAGAAUCUUGAGUUUCAAAGGAAAAUUUUAGAGAGAUCGGGUCUUGGUGAAUCGACUUACCUUCCGCCUGCUGUUCUUAGAGUUCCUCCUAAUCCGUCUAUGGCUGAAGCGAGAAAAGAAGCUGAGAUUGUUAUGUUUGGGGCACUGGAUCAGUUGUUUGCUAAAACUUCGCUCAAGCCGAAAGAUAUUGGAAUUCUUAUUGUUAAUUGUAGUUUGUUCAAUCCGACUCCAUCGUUGUCUGCCAUGGUUAUUAACCAUUACAAGCUUCGAGGAAAUAUUGUGAGUUACAAUUUGGGUGGGAUGGGUUGCAGUGCAGGUUUGAUCUCUAUUGAUCUUGCGAAAGAUCUUCUUCAAGUUCAUCCGAAUUCUUAUGCUUUGGUUAUCAGUAUGGAAAACAUUACUUUGAAUUGGUAUUUUGGGAAUGAAAGAUCGAUGCUUGUUUCGAAUUGUUUGUUUAGAAUGGGAGGUGCUGCAAUCUUGUUGUCAAAUAAGAACUCAGAAAGGAGGAGAUCUAAAUACCAGUUGGUUCACACUGUUCGUACCCAUAAAGGAGCUGACGACAAAUGUUUUUCAUGUGUUACCCAAGAAGAGGAUCCAGCUGGAAAGGUUGGUGUUUCUCUAUCCAAAGAUCUGAUGGCUGUUGCAGGGGAUGCUUUGAAAACCAACAUCACCACAUUAGGACCUCUUGUUCUUCCAAUGUCUGAACAGUUACUUUUCUUCGCUACAUUGGUUGGGAAGAAACUCUUUAAGAUGAAAAUUAAGCCGUACAUUCCAGAUUUCAAAUUGGCUUUCGAACAUUUCUGCAUUCAUGCUGGUGGAAGAGCCGUCUUGGAUGAACUGGAGAAGAAUUUGCAGUUGUCUGAAUGGCACAUGGAACCCUCUAGAAUGACGCUUUACAGAUUUGGUAACACUUCAAGCAGUUCUCUUUGGUAUGAAUUGGCUUACACAGAAGCUAAAGGAAGGAUCAAGAAGGGAGACAGAACUUGGCAGAUAGCUUUUGGGUCUGGUUUCAAAUGUAACAGUGCUGUUUGGAAGGCUUUGAGGACCAUAAAUCCAGCAAAGGAAAAGAACCCAUGGAUGGAUGAGAUUCAACAGUUCCCAGUCGACGUUCCAAGGGUCGCAGCAAUCUAAAUUUAAAGGUUGUUCUUCUACCGCUCUUGGUUUAUCGAAAACUGAUUAUUCUUUUGAUGGUUUAUAUGAAUGGACAACAAUCUGAAUGCUGCACGCUGCUGGAGCUCUUUGGUUGUGAGAUGCUUGUCAGGGAAAAAGGAUAUCAGUUAGGAUUGAUAAUUUGUGUGAGUGAUGAUUUAGACUAGAAAUUUGUGAUAUUUAUGUUGGUUUUCUUUGGGUACUGAAAAUUGUUUGAGUGUUUUUUUUUACUCCAUUAGGGAAUUUGAGUUGUAGAAGCAGAUUAAGAAGCCGAAAUUGGGUUACUCAGGCUAACUUAAUUCAUGACUUAUGUGGGGGAGGAGGGAAAGAAGAAGAGGGGGUUUAGAGAGUGUGUCUGUAUUUAGACCCUAAUUCCAUUUAGUGGAAUUCAAUAGAUUCAUUAUUUUGAUCUCUGUUUCAAUCAACUUUGUUAUAUAUUCUUUAA